GCGAGACGGAGCGCCGCCCCGCACUUUGCUUCGAGCGUUCGCAGUGAUCGCAUGUCCCAACGUUAAAUUGAAAUUCAAACUUUUCUCAUAACAUUGACAAUGGUUGUGAAACUAGAAACUGUUGCCGCGUUGUACGCUGACGCCUACCCGGCAUUACCGAAGUCUCGCCGCGAUAUGGAGUGCAUAGCUACUGACUGUCCGAGGCGCCAGAAGCCUCGCUGCACUUCUUUGCCGGCAGUGGUGGAAGAUGACUCCGAGGUGGAAGCAUAUAAACCUGAACCGAGGUCCUACAUCCUGACCACUGAAUUGAGAAGACAGAAGUCAUUUUCGCCUCCACCCCGCCAGAAGAUGCAACGGCAGCUGGCUCUACCCUCUCUAUCUGAAGACGAAGAGCCUUGAUCAACUCGUAAAUGAAGUUGGAAUGAAGUUUCGACGCUCCCUGCGGUCGGCAGUUCGUCGACUGUCGUUCUGCAAGGGACGAGGAGUGAACUGAAAGUGCACGUGGAGAUUGAUUAGGCACUAAGAAGUUACCCUAUUGAGGGGCCCACUUCAAUCGUGACUUCGUGAGUGAUUCGGCAGUGUGAUUACACAAGCAGUGCCAGAAUGAAAAACAUUUUGUGAUGUGAUACCAAAAAGUUACAGCUUUUGCCAAAGCAUUAUGAUAUCAAUAAUAUAGGUGAUAAGGUUAAUAAUAAGCAAUACCUUUUUUUAAAUGAAGAAUAAAUGUGUUUUUAUAUUUA